AUGCGUGGUUCAGGCGCUAUGAAGAUGUUUUCAGGGCAGAGUUGUCAGGUCUCGAUGAUGCAUCUAAAGUUCGCCUUUUGUUACGAAAACUCGGAACGGUUGAACAUGACAGAUACAUUAACUACAUUUUGCCAAACAACGCGCAUGAUUUCAGCUUUGAUGAUACAGUUGCUCGACUCACAGCGUUGUUUGGAGACCAGUCGUCUCUUUUCAAUAACCGAUACAAUU